UUAAACAAAUUUACGGAGCGGGGCAAGGUUGGAAACUUUUCUUCAAAAGCGACAUAUAUGAAAUACAUUGAUAUAAAAGAGGGCAAAAAAAUAACUUGCGUAAUGAGUAACGAUUAGAUGACAGGAUAAAGAGAUAAACAGUCAAUGAUCAUAAUAAAUGCCGAUGGUUUUCCUUAGUGCGAAUGUAGCGACCGCAAUGACGACAUCGUAAGAACGGCCACUCAAGUAAGUAUGUUUGUGUAAGCAAUUGUGCAAGUUUACUUGAACUUUUGUGUGAUUGCAAACUGCUUUCUUUUGUAUAUAUAUAUAUAUAUAUGUGUGUGUGUGUGUGUGUGUGUGUGUGUGUGUGUGUGUGUAUAUAUAGUUACAACUGCGACAAGUUUACCUGAACGUGUGUGGCCGGCCUUAUGAUUCUGUCAUUGCGUUCGCCACAUUCACGUUCUUGAACUUGCACAACUUGACUUAGUCGCACUUGGUACGACGAUCAGUUACGAUCUAUCAACGGAGAGAGGUACCAGCGCGUCGAAUCACGAGAAGACUCGAGGAACUACGACUCACGCGAUCAACUAUUUUCCGAUUGUUAUUGCAUCGCGCCUGACGAGCGAGUAUCAUCUGUAGUUGGCUUCGUGGAAAGAAUUGAAACGAUUGAGAAGACCGAGAAGAAUGUCAACGGCUCGAGAAGAGGCAGAUAAAUAUUAUUUACUACGAUCCUCCCGCGCUAACUCGAAGAUGAAGCUACUUGCGAUAGUUCCCGCCCUUUUCUCUUGGUUAACGAUUGUCGAUUGCCUGUUGACUACGAGAUUUUGUGGUCCAGAGACGGGAGACGAUUUCCAACGCGCGCAUGUCGGCUUGAUUAUAUCGCCUAUAAUGUCCAUUCGAAUGAUACGGGAGAUCGAGAUUUAUUGGAAUCACGCCAGGUAUCGACCGGGCGAUACGAUCGCUCUUUACACGGGCGAGCCCACGAACGGCCUCGAGCCAAUUUAUACCCUGAUACCAAACGCACCGAGUGGUAUAAAGAGGACCGGAUUGCAAGCUACGUUUGUUCCCACCUCGAAUCUCACGUUCGUUCAGCAAUGCCUACAGUACCAUGUUGCUUGGCUGAGAAAUGACACGGUAAGAAUGACAAAUUGUCUGCAAACACAGCCUCACUGGAUGUCGGAGAAGAGGACUAUCUUAGGAUCACUGCCGAUGAGCAGGGUAUUCUUACCCGGUACUCACGAUUCUGCGUCUUACGCGAUACACGAACGAGCGAACUCCGAGAAUAUCGUCGAGAAAUAUGUGAUAACGCAGGAUGUAGACGUGCUCGCGCAAUUGAUCUACGGAGUUAGAUAUCUCGACAUCAGAGUCGGACAUUACCCCAAUACUAAUUCGGUGUGGUGGGCGAAUCAUGGAGUAUUCAGAACUGUUCCUAUGCAGACCAUCAUAAAUCAGGUGAAGACCUUCCUCGACAAGACGAACGAGAUCGUAAUAUUCGACAUCCAGGAAUUUCCAGUUGGCUUCGGAAAAAAUCUGGCGAUACAUCACGACUUCGUUGCAUUCCUCGAGGAACAAUUCGCCGGGUACUACUUGUCGAAGAGUUACGGGUGGGCCAGUACGCUAAAUACAAUCUGGUCAUCCGGGAAAAGACUUAUUAUUGGUUAUGAUGAGAGACGAGUCGUCAGUCGUUAUGAAAGUAUAUGGCCUUGUGUAACACAUCAAUGGGGAAAUGUUAGGACUAUCGAAGACUUGUUCAACCAUUUGAAUCGCAUCGAAACGGAAAGUCUUGGACAACCUAGAUCAAUACCAAGAUCGGCGAUGGCAGAAUUAACACCCAAUACGUGGGAUGUAAUUUUAAACCGGCUUGGAAGUAUCCGCCAAAUGGCGGAAAAUGUUAAUAUCAACGUUACAAAUUGGUAUAACAGCAAAUGGCAAAGCACUGCCAAUAUCGUUGCUGUCGAUUUCGUCCGAUCGUCCGGUAUCAUCGAAACCGCGAUCGAAUGGAACGAAAGACGAAAUUCACAUUGUUAAAAUCUUUCCUAUUUCCUGUUAGCGCAAGAAUUGAAAAAAAAA